AGCAAAGCCCUCAAGCACACCAAACAUAGUUCUGACACCGUUCUCCACGCUGAGGCCCUAUCCGUCAUCGUCAUCAUCAUCCCCGCGAGAGCCACUAACAAGGCCAUUAUCAAAGGCUUCGCUGCGCCUCCAAGUAUGCUCGUUGAGAACGCCUGCCAGACUUGAGUCUUUCUCCGCCCACUCGACUACUUCUCUUCAACUGCUACCUGGGUUUGUGAUGUUCUUGUUCGAAGAGUCGCAUGUCAAUCAAGAUGUGUGCUUAAAGCGGAAACAUGGAAGCUAGAGAGAAAGAGCAAAGGUUGCGGCAGUGCGGCGGAGGCGGCCGUGAGUGCCUUAUAAGACCUCGUGAAAUCAGCAGCAAGUGAAGCUUGUUUAAAGGUUGCACCGUGUUCGUUCCAGAAACGCGCUGUUUAUCACAGUCUCCGACUGGGAACGCCUUUCUAGGAAGCUUACACCCUGGUCACUGAUCAACCAACAACUCACCAUGCAUCGCUUCACGAGAGUGAGCAAGAAUCACGACAUAAGUCUCUUUGACUAUGAUCUACUACCAGCAUGUGCGAGGUCAUGCCGUAUCCUGGAGAUCUCUGAAGGCAACUGUGUUCCACCAGCGGCUCCGAUAUCCGAUCUGUCCACAUACAGAAACUGCGUGUGUCAGUCCGAUUACCUGCGCAGCCUCCAUACGGGUGGAGUGGUUUGUCAACAUGUAUGUAAUGAAGAGGACGAUGAAAUUAUCCACAGCUACUACGUUAAUAUAUGUACAUCUCCAAAGCCAGCGAAGACGAACAUGUUCAUCUCCACGUUGACCAUGAGUUCAGCGGCUGUACGAACGACAGUCGCAUCCAGCCUGGGUAUCCCAAAGAGUGACUACCAAUGCAAAUACCUGGCUACAGCAGCUGGUGUAAUUCUCGCAAUUAUUGCAGCUUUACUUGGGAUAGUCUAUUACCGUCGCCGUAACAACCAUAAUUCCAAGCUCGCGAAUCAACAAGUCCAUGGUCGCUCAAUCGCCCUACAGUCACCCACAUGCCAAGCAGCACAAUCACUCCGGCUUGACGCUGAACAAGAUCGGCACUUGAAGACAAGCGCUAAUGCUGACUCGUUGCUUUUGGCGAUACAUAGCCCUUCCGUCCCACCUCCAUUCGCGCCGCCGACUCCAAGCCAUAAACUUGGACAUACCAUUCGAGUUUAUGCGAAGAGAGAUAAUGAGGGAGAUGAUCUUGGGAGAAGUGACGUCGAAGGACCUACCACCCUGGUGCGGUCACUAAGCAGAACGGAGAGGUUGAUAAGGGAGAGGAUUAGAAUGACUGGUCGACCUGACAUCCCAAUCAGUGCGACCCCAAAGAUUACAAGGUGACAAACGUGUAAACGUAGUAUAUUUUGCAAGGUCUGUUUUGGAUUUUCGUGGCCAUAUGCAUGAAUGUGGCACAGCUGGAGUGGAAAGGGUAAUAGUACAAUACAUAGGCAAGCCAUGGGUCUGAAUUAGAUUCUUCUACCACAACAAUGUGUUCAUAUAACGUGAUCAAUGGAAUUGUAUAUUAUAGUUAAU